AUGUCCAACCAAAUGGAGUUUAUAAUGCAACUUUAUAUGAUGAACUUGCUGCAGCAGCAACAGCAGCAGCAGCAGUUGCAGCUGCAGCAGCCCCAACAGCAGCUAGCUGGAUACACCUACACACAGAACGAGGACAUCUCCAGCAGCACAUGUCUGCAACAGCAGCAGCAACAUGAACAGCAACAGCAGCAGCAGCAGCAACACGAACUUCUCAAGACAAGAACGCACAAACGAAUUAGCUCGCAAAACACGACCUGUAGUACUCGUAGUAGCCGUAGUUGUAGUCCCAAUAGUAAUUUGAUUGCUCUUCAACAACAACCAUUUGCCCAUGCUGCAGCAGCCACGACCCCCGCACCUAACCACUUUGUUGGCCAGAUGUUGCUCAACACAUUGCCGCCCCUGACGCAGUUCAUGCUGCAGCAGCAGCAACAACAACAGCAGCAGCAGCAGCAGCAACAGCAACAGCAGCAACACUUGUUGGCAACAUCGAACCUCCUACUAACACCCACCCACACGCCCAGCUCCCUGAAGCAGGAGCAGCUGCAACAACACAUGAUGCUGGGCCAGUUCUCUGGCGCAGCAAAUGUCGAACAGCUUACCACAAAUAAUUUUUUGCAAUCCUCCACAGUGACAUCAACGCCAAUCGAGAACGCAACGCAACAUGCUGCCGACGCAGCCAUCACUCCAGCAGCAACAACUGCAGUGGGUCAGGGGGCGCAUGUUGCCAGCAGCCUUUCGGCCGUCACAGUCAAAUAUGAGCAGGAUUUCAACGAUGAAGGUGAUGAUGAUGAUGAUGAUGACGAGGACGAUGACAAGCCGCUGUCCAGUCUGAACAGCUGCAGCUCCUCGGGGCUGGUCAGCACCAACGCCAGCUCCGAGAAGCUGCUGAUGAUGUCGGGCGUGCAACCGUUGGAGUCGACCACAGACAGCGUUGACUCCCCCAGCAUGUACACGCCCGUCAAGCAGCCGGCCGACUCAUCGUACAACAUCACGCCCCUCGACAGCGAGCUCACACCGAACACCCCCCUAGGCCAGACCCAGACCAUCUCCCUCCUUACCCCGCCCUCCAGCGAACAGAGCAAGAGCAUUGUCAGCCUGUCCACGGCGAGCAGCCUGGACGCGUUCCUGCAGAGCGAGGACAGCCUGAAGAACCUGCGAAAGGUGUCCUCGUAUCUGGAGUGCGAGAACAGCCUGUGCCGACAGGAGAACUUGCGCGAGCACUUCCACUGCCACGACGAGCCCUGCCAGGGCAAGAUCCUGAGCAAGAAGGAUGAUAUCAUCCGUCACCUUAAGUGGCACAAAAAGCGCAAGGAGAGCCUCAAGCUGGGCUUCGCCCGCUUCUCCUCGGCGGACGACUGUGCCCCGGCCUACGGCGAGGGCUGUGCCUACAACUGGAAGCAGACCCACUACCACUGCAUCUACGAGCACUGCCCCAAGGUAUACGUGAGCACCAGCGACGUGCAGAUGCACGCGAACUUCCAUCGCAAGGACUCGGAGAUAGUCAACGAGGGCUUCAGACGCUUUCGGGCCCACGAAAACUGUCGCAUCGAGGACUGCCCCUUCUUCGGCAGGAAGAUAUCGCACUAUCACUGCUGCCGCGAAGGUUGCAACCACACAUUCAAGAACAAGGCCGAUAUGGACAAGCACAAGACCUAUCACCUGAAGGACCAUCAGCUGAAGAUGGACGGCUUCAAGAAGAUUCUGAAGACGGAGGCCUGCCCCUUCGAGGCCUGCAAGUUCUCCACCGUUUGCAACCACAUCCACUGUGUCCGCGAGGGUUGCGACUACAUCUUGCACUCCAGCAGCCAGAUGAUCAGCCACAAGCGGAAGCACGAUCGGCAGGAUGGCGAGCAGGCUUACCAGCAGUUCAAGAAAAAGCAGGACGUGGAGGAGUCCUCGCUGGAUGCCGCACCCCAGCAGCCACAGCCCACCGUCGGCGCCACUCAGCCCCCGAUCAGUACCUCCAGCAGCAGCCACACCUCCACCCCACUCUCCUCUCUCUCCGCCGAGCACUUCCUGGCCCGCAAGCGCGGCAGGCCACCCAAGAAAAUUCAACUGCCCGCCGAUGCUCAGCAGCCAGAGGCCAAACGUCUCAAGGUCGAAGAUGAUUCCAGCCAACAGGCCCUGCUCCAGCCCCAGCCCCUGCCUCUGCCACAAUCCAUGCCCCAAUCCUCUCUCAAUCCCCUCGCCAAUGGACUGUUUCCCAGCCUCCUGCCGAACUUCGGUGUUGGUGCCACCGCUGCCGCUGCAACUGGGGCAGACGCCACAGCGCCAAACUUCCAACUGACGCAUUUGAUGGCCCUCUUCCAGCUGCAGAACCCCCUCUUCUACCAGAACCUCUAUCCCGGACUGCCUCAGAACAGCUCCAUGCUGGGAAAUCUGGCCGCCUUCAGUGCUGCCUCGGCUGCAGCGGCGGCGGCGGCAGCAGCAGCCACCGGGGGGCAGCAGCCCAAGGCGGAAUUUAGCGUUAAGCCAGAGUUCAAGGAGUAGACCCGUCGUCCUGCCCAGCAUUUCUUGGGUUAUAUUUUUGUAUAUAUGUAUGAUAGUUGGACCGACGGACAAUGACGAUUUGAUGGACAGCAGCCAGGCGCGCGCUUUAAGCAGGUCCCUCUUUGUUCUCCUUUUCCUUCCUUUGAUCCCUGACGGGAUCAGUUAGCGCUGAGGCAGGACCAGAACGGACUGGACGUUCUUUUACUCCCCAAAAGCGAACUCAGCCGCAUUUUGAUGAGACUCGCGAUGCCCAUCAGAGUGCUGCUGAAUUUGCUUUUGCAUUAGAGCUUUUUGUUGAUAUUUUCUUCCCUUAGCCUAGUUUCUUCGAGUGCCAGAUUAAUUUUAAAAAUUUUCAGCCAUCCGUAAUAAAAAACAAAAUUCUUGAAUUUUAGUUCAACUAAAAGCUGUGAUGUUUCAUUAGAUCUGCCCCAAUUAAUUGCUGGUUUAGUUAGACUGCUGAAAUGGCCUGACUUAGGAGAUUUAUUUGUCAAUACCUGUUAUGUGAUAUGCCAAUAAAAUAAUGCAAAUUGUUCAGACUUUAGCCAUUAAGAUAUUAUUAAAAUAAAUAUGUAAAAACCUUAGCAAAUUCUCCUGAUUUCCAUUCUUAGUUUAAUGACUUGUAAGCCCGAAUAAAUCAUUAUCAUCAUCAUUACGACUUGGGCUACUUCAAAUAAUCGUAAUGUUUGUGCUAAGCC